CAUUGAUAUUUCUUUUCCUUCACGAACGUGCUGCAAAUUGCAACGCACGUCUCAAUAACAAAAAUAUUUUCUGAUCAACUAUGGCGAAAUCAUUACGCAGUAGAUGGAAGCGAAAAUGUCGAGCUAUCAAGCGGGAACGAUAUGCUGUAAAAGAACUGGCCAGGUUAAAGAAAAUGCUUGGUAUUAAAGAGGAAGAAAAGGUAACAGAAAGUGAGGUUAUGGAAUCAGAUCAAGUGAUAUUUUUGGAUGCUGGUCAAAUUGGCAAGAAAAAGCGCAAAAAUCUGGAGAAACCUGCCGAGGAGGAUCCUGACGAUGUGGAAAUGAGUUCGGACGACGAAAAAAUUGAAGUUGAAGGAGAUAAUGGUAAAAAACGCGUCUUUAGUUCAAAAACUUUAAAGGAUCAAAACGGACAAUAUCCAGUCUGGCUGCACAAGAGGAAAAUAGCGAAAAUAAAUAAAGUCGGCGCCAAGAAAAAUAUCAAAAAGAAAGCCAAGAAACGCAGAAAGUAAUUGUAAGUGAAUAUAAUAAAAAAUUUAAAUUUAUUAAA